UCCCCCCUUCACCCUUGUGCUUUCACACUCCUGUCGAUCUGGUUUUUGUUCUUCGCUUCUUAUUAUAUUGCCUACUCUUUGUUUUCUUCUUGUUGGAUUUCUACAUGGAGCUUCAGCUGGGUCUCGCUCUUCCGACCAAUCCUCCAAAGGGGUUCGAUUUAAAUUACUAUGGUUACGAGCCUAAGGAGCUAGUGGUCUCGGACCUGUGGUUCAACAACCACGCCGACAACAAAAAACGUAGUUUUUGCCAAGCCUUUGAGAAUAGCACAGACAGGGCCGUGCCUCGAACGCUUCCUUUGCUGCUUUGGAACAACCAUCCCAACGAGGAAGACGACCCCAAAGACUACCCCAAGAAUGAUGGCUCUCUAUUCGCUUUUAACGAAAAUGAUGGGGAUCGAGAUGGGGUGGUGGGGUGGCCGCCAAUUAAGUCGUGGAGGAAUAAUUAUAAACGGGUUUGCCACGACAAUUACCGAGGUGGUCGGAGGUUGUUGGAGAAUGCGACGUCGACGUGUGGUGGAGGCAGAAGGUCAAACUCCAUGUACGUGAAGGUGAAGAUGGAAGGAGUUGGAAUUGGCAGAAAAGUCGACGUAGGCCUCCAUCAUUCUUUCCAAACGCUCACGGAAACCCUGCUGGACAUGUUUCGAAAAUGGCUGUUGGAAACAGGUCAGGAAAAUUCAAAUAAUUAUAAGCUCGUUUACCAGGACAAGGAAGGAGACUGGCUAUAUACUCAAGAUGUAUCUUGGAGGACUUUCAUUGGGUCUGUGCAACGUCUCAAGUUGCUGAAGAUCAGCGGAUAAAUGAGCUACAGUACAGUUUUCCUACAUAUUCCUCGGCGUCGUUUUAGAUCUAGCUAUUUACAGCUCUUUAGACUGAUAUGGUUUUUGUGACAUGAAUUUUGGAUGACUACGUAAAUAUAGUUUAUUUAGAGCAUCUCCAGUAAUAAUAGCCAAAGUAGCUAUUAAAAAAGUACAACUCUUUAUUUUAGCUAUGGCUUUUUUUA